UGUAUUGAUCUCUCCCUUCGUCGCCGUUAAAUUCGUUAGUAAGCAGAUAAUUAGAGUCCUUCUCAAGAUCACUUCAUCCAAUAAUCGAAGAACCUAAAUAGCGUAGAUCUAUUUUAAUUUGUAGUGGAACUGUUAAGAAAAGAGUAGUUCACUACAAUCAUUUCGUAAAUGCACAUAUCCUAGAUGUUUAAAGAAAGUCUACUCGUAAUUUUUUCAACAAGUUCUCGUAAAAUUUUCUAAUAAUUGUGAUCAUGUAUUAUAAUUUGAUACCCUUGUAUGUUUUAACUGUGGAUGUCUUAUGUUAACUAAUUGUAUAAAUAUCCAUUUUUCGAAAUUUAAAAAAGAAAGUUUUGAACUUAUUCUUUUCGAGAAUCCGAUUAUUUAUGAUUUUAGUAUAUAGUAUUUUUAUUAUUUCUUCGUAACUAUUCUGUAACCCUUAAUCCAUAUAGAACUAGUAUUCGUAUCUUACUGUACUAUUUAAUGUAUUUUAAUUCUUUCUUUCUGUAUCCUGUAUCCUGUACUCUUAAUAUCUUGUAUUAUCCAACCCUGUACUCUUCUUAUAUCCUUUAUCUCUGUACUAAAACAUGCUGUAUCUCUGUCACCAAUGUUCUGUAUCCUGUUUCCUGUAUCCUGUACCCUUAUUUUCUGUAUACCGUAUCUCUUUACUCUGUAUCAUGCAUCUCCGAACUUCAAUAUCCUGUAUCCUGUAUCUCUGUACUCCUUAUUCUAUUUCCCCGUUACCGGUGUGCUGUAUCCUGUAUCCUGUUUCCUUUCUCUAAUUUCUGUAUUCCAAUAUUCUGUAUUCAAUAUCUGUAUUACAAUUUUAUGUAAUUCACUAUUUUGUGCCCUGUAUCUCUGUACUGUAUCGAAACCAACUUAUUAAGUAAUUAACUAAACUUAUCUAUAAAAUGCACGUGAUUCAUUAAUAGUAGGAUUAUUAUCAUUAUUUUUAUCACCAUCAUUUUCAGACAAAAAUGAGAUUCAACCCGGAAACCAAUUUUUAGACUACAAAUCUGAAACCUUUAAAACCAGGAGCGGGUAAAUUGGAACUAGUCUUCAGACGCUCAGGAACCAGGAACUAUAGGAACCAGUGAUUCAUGGAGAUGAAAAAAAUCGACCAAGCUGCAGGUGGAGCUGAGGUCGGGGUAGAGGCCGGGGAGGACUGCCAAGAGGCUGGGGAGGACUGCCUAGAGGCUGUAGAGACCGACAAAGCUGAUCUUAUUCAAGAUAACGAUGAGAGAAACUUGAGUUUAGUAUAUGGAGGACUGGAAUAUGAAGAACUCUCAAGCUGCAACCUGGAGGAGAUGACGUGUGUAGAAUGGAGAACUAGGGCUGAAGAAGAGCUCCAGGAGAAAUCCGAAUGGAGGGAGAGAGAUAUCCAGGCUCUCAGGGACCUGGUUGAGGCUGAAGAAGGUUUAGUGUGUGACACAUCAGAUGCAUUUCUUAUUAAAUUCCUCAGAGCUAAGAAGUUUGAUUAUGAAUCAAGUUUCCGGAUGCUGCAGAGAUAUUUGGGCCUACGAGCUCGAAGCCCAGGUAACUUUGCAAAGAGUCUUCCUUCCCAAACCGGUUCCAUUUUUGAACAGCAGUUGCAGCACGUGCUACCACACAGGGACCACAUGGCACGGAGGGUGUUUAUGUUUAGAGCCGGAAAAUGGGAUACUGGUCUGUUAAAUGCACAGGUUAUUAUGAUCUUGUAUAAAAUAAAGCAUAUUUAA